UAUUGUUGGUGAUAUGCUUCAUUCCCUCGUCUUUUGGCGCGGUAGUUCAUCAAUCUGAGGAGUGGAGAAGCAACAGAGCAGAGAAAAUUGUUGAUUGUUAGCAACUGCGUAUUUGGAAUGGAAAGCAAUGGAACUGAAUUCACUGGCAAACGCCAGAAAUUAGCUGUGGAAGAGCAGGGAAGGGAUACAGACAUGUCCAACGUUUUAGAAAACGAACAGUGUGAAACAAUCAUUAAGGGUUCCGAGGAGAUGGAAUCAAAUAUCGCUUGCCUACUUGAAAAAAUUGAAAGCUUCACACAGCUGGUGUCUGAACUGCUGGAGUCGGGAAAGACUGCGUUUAAAGAGCUUAUUAAUGAAUUUGAAGAGCGAAUUAUAGCCAUUCAUAAGGAUCACGUUGAAAAAUGGCAACAUGAGAUUAAAGAGCUGCGGUUGAUUGAUUCAUCAAAUGAGGAAGUCAGUACUAUUUUGUGCAAUGCUCGAAAUUUACUUCAGAAUGGUCAUAUCCAGUUUUGAAGUGCCUAAUUAAACCCACAAGGAGAUAAGUCAUUGGUGCAAUCAAAUGAGUUAGGCCAAUUAGUUUAGCAAUGGGAUUUGUUCCUUGAAUAUCUAUCUGCUUCUCACAAUAAAGUUUGAGCAGCUGAAAGGGUCAUUAGUGGGCUGUUUGCCUGUUUGGUAAUAACUUUGCUGCUUCUAAAUGAAUUUGCUUAUUCAUAUAAAAUGAACAAAUUACAUUUCUUUUGUU